AUGAAGUGUCACUAUGAAGUGUUGUCAGUGAAAAGGGACGCGGGAGACGAUGAUCUGAAGAAAGCCUAUAGGAAACUUGCCCUGAAGUGGCAUCCAGAUAAAAACUUGGAUAAUGCCGAAGAGGCGGCAGAGCACUUCAAGCUUAUCCAGGCAGCUUAUGAGGUGCUGAGUGAUCCCCAGGAGAGAGCCUGGUAUGACAAUCACAGAGAGGCUUUGCUGAAAGGAGGGCUGAGUGGAGACUAUGAGGAUGACAGCGUUGACCUGCUGCAGUACUUCACCGUCACCUGCUACUCUGGUUACGGAGACGAUGACAAGGGCUUCUACACAGUUUACAGGAAUCUUUUUGAGUCUAUUGUUAAGGAGGAGAUGGAGCACGCAAGGAUAGACGACGAGGAAGAGGAAGAGGAGUUUCCUCCCUUUGGUGACUCUCAGAGUGAUUAUGACACAGUAGUGCACGUGUUUUAUGGCUACUGGCAGAGCUUCUGCACGCACAAAAACUUUGCAUGGAAGGAGGAAUAUGACACGAGGCAGGCCUCCAACCGGUGGGAGAAAAGAGCCAUGGAGAAGGAGAACAAGAAGACCAGAGACAAGGCUCGGAAGGAGCGCAAUGACCUGGUGCGACAGCUGGUGGCGUUCGUCCGAAAACGCGACCGGCGCGUGCAGGCCCACAGGAAGCUGGUGGAGGAGCAGAACGCGGAGAAGAUCAGGAAGGUGGAGGAGCUCAGACGGCAGCAGAAGCUCAAGCAGGCCAAACUGGCAGAGGAGUACAAGGAGCAGAGCUGGGCGGCCAUGUCUGAACUUGAGAAAGAGCUGCAGCAGAUCGAGGCUCAGUAUGGGGAGGAGUUUGGAGACACAUCUGAAAGCGAGGAAGAGGAGGUGGAUAUGGACACAAAGGAGAAGAACAGUGAAGAGGGAGGAGAUGCCGAGCAGCCUGAUGGAGGCGUCCUGACAAUUGAUCAUUACGAUGAUCUGUACUGUCCAGCAUGUGACAAAUCCUUCAAAUCAGAUAAAGCUAUGAAAAACCAUGAAAAGUCCAAAAAGCAUAGGGAGAUGCUGUCGUUGCUAAGGCAACAGCUGGAGGAAGAAGAUGCUUCCCUUGGUUUGAACCUGGGUGGAGAGGAGGCUGAAGAGAACGAGGAGGAAGAGGAGGAGGAGGAAAAGCCAAGGCAAAAGCUGUCAAAAAAGCAAAAGAGGAAAAAGAAGCAACAGAAAGUUGCACAGGUGAGUCAUUUUCUUUGUGUGGGCCUGGUCCACUGCCAGUGUGAAAAGGUUUUAUAUGGACAGCGUGGUCUGUUUGCACAGCAGAGCACUCCAGAGGAGGAGCAUGAGGAGAAACCAGUGUUAGCCACUGAAGAGUCAGCUGACCCUCCAGGACCCGAGGAACCAGAGGAUGCCGCGCCUGCCGAAGUCAAGUGCAGCCCUGGGAAGCCAAAGGGAAAGAAAGGAGGAGGAAAAGACAAACCAAAGAAUAUCAAACCCCAGACUGAUGAACAGUUGGCCGAGAAACCAGUAAGUCUGCGUUGUGUUACGUGUGACAAUGAGUUCCCCACAAGAAACAAGUUGUUUGACCACCUGAAGAGCAGCGGCCACGCCACAGCGGUCUCUGCAAAUGCUGCUCACACCUCCAUGAGCAAAAGCAAGAAAGACAAGAAGAAGAACAGAUAA